CGACUUCACUUCAGCACGCUUCAUCCACAAAGGCGACGACGAGCCUAGCUUCUUGUUGCAAAAGACAGGCCUCGACGACUAGGCCCUCUAGACGAUGGAAGGUCUAUUCUGCCAAGACAUCAACUACAUCGAGGGUAUCGUGCGUGGCUAUCGUUCGGGCCUGCUCACUAGCGCCCUUUACCAAAACCUGACACAAUGCGAGACGCUCGACGACCUCAAGAUGCAACUGAGCGCAACAGAUUAUGGCAAUUUCCUCGCGAACGUACCAUCACCCUUGACAACGAGCACAAUUGCGGCAAAGGCCAAUGAGAAGCUUGUGAGUGAAUUCAAAUACCUGCGCGCCAAUGCAGUGGAGCCCAUGUCGACGUUUCUUGAUUACAUCACGUACUCCUACAUGAUUGACAAUGUCAUCUUGUUGAUUACAGGAACGCUGCAUGAGCGCGACCUGAAUGAUUUGCUGGAACGGUGUCAUCCACUGGGAUUAUUUGAGACGAUGCCUGCGUUGUGCGUUGCGACCAAUGUGCAGGAGCUCUUUGAGUCUGUUCUUAUUGAUACACCGCUGGCGCCGUACUUUAAAGGCUGCUUGAGCGCUUCUGACUUGGAUGAGAUGAAUAUUGAAAUCAUCCGCAACACACUCUACAAGGCGUACCUCGAGGAUUUCUACAAGUUUGUUCAAGGCGUGGGUGGACCAACGGCAGAGCUGAUGGGCGAGGUACUCGCCUUUGAAGCGGAUCGACGCGCUAUUACCGUCACCAUCAAUUCAUUCGAUACAGAAUUGACAAAGGAAGAGCGUAAGAGUCUGUAUCCAACUGUUGGCAAACUCUACCCGGAAGGCACGUUCGCCCUCUCACAAGCAGAUGAUGUGGAAGCUGUCAAGAAUGCAGUAGCAGGGGUCGGUGCGUAUGCUGCCAUGUUUGAGCAACUCAAUUCCGCAACGGUUGGGGAAAAGUCGCUGGACGAUUUCUUCUUUGAGGAGGAGGCAAAACUCAACAAGCAGGCUUUCUUGCAACAAUUCCACUUUGCCGUGUUGUAUGCUUGGCUCAAGCUCAAGGAGCAGGAGAUUCGCAAUAUUACGUGGAUUGCAGAGUGUAUUGCGCAGAAUCAAAAGGACAAGAUUGGCAAGUACGUCACGGUGUUUUGAUGCACGAGUCAGAUGGGACUGCUAGGUUCAAUGUUAGAUCCCUUGUCGGUUGCUCGAGCAGAGACUUCUUGGGGGAACUAAAGCAGCAAGGCUAAGCAAAGUAGCAGAAAACACAUGUACAUGACAUCAGCGAAAGUCUUAUGCCAACAGAUACCAAGUAAAGCACGACAUGAGCAAUUCAAUUUCACUGAUGACUCUGCAUUGCUAUCUAUCCUAGUACAUGAAACCAUUAUGGUGAAAUGGUGACGC